AUGACAUCCUUCGCUGCCCUGGGGCUCUUCGUUGCAUGUCUAUCCUUCAUAUCGGACCCAGGGGACGCUCUGGUACAGGUAAUACUUGACUUUGAUCGCUGGGAAACGAACAAUGGUUCAGAGUUUUUCAAUAUGGAGAAGUUCCGCAUACGGAAGUUCAACCGCACGAUAUCUGUGAUGAACGGUACCGGAAUACUGCUGCAGGAUCUGGACAAUCGAUAUGAGUACGGAGUCCAUUUUGCACGCAGUGCCCUUGGCAACAAUCAGUUCAACGCGUAUCCGAUGAAGUUGGCGGCGCGACCAUUUUGUGACUUCAUUCAAACGUACUACCGCGACUAUCAGCAUCUGUUUCUGAAGUACACCAAUCUACCGUUCGUACCGCCGGAAGGAUUGUGUCCCUUUCCAAAGGGCGAGUACUGGGCGAAGGAUGCGUUCGUUGACUCUUCCGUCAUUCCGGUCGUUGUACCGGAAGGGCUUUGGCGAUGUACGACCGAUCUAACCGACAGCACCACUGGUGAGCUCCUCGCUCGUGGCUCAAUGUAUGUACGGCUAACGAAGGAGCUGAUGUAGUAGGCCAUGUGUUCCGUGUGGCUCGACUGUCUUCGUCGGUAUUUCAAACUAAAGUU